GCGUCUGCUGCAGCCACCUCCUGCUCCUGCCGGCUCGGCCCCUGCCAGGUUCCCGGGGGCCUGGGAGUGUCAUUGGCGGAUGACCGCAGCCCUUGCCGGGGUCGUUGGCGCCGGGACCAUGGCCUCGGGCAGUAGUGGUCUCACGGCCGCCCGUCUGCUAGCGCGCUCCUUCCUCCUUCAACAGAAUGGAAUUCGGCAUUGUUCCUAUACAUCUUCCCGGAAACAUCUCUAUAUUGAUAAAAAUACGAAGGUUAUUUGCCAGGGUUUCACUGGUAAGCAGGGCACUUUUCAUAGCCAACAGGCAUUGGAAUAUGGCACCAAACUCGUUGGAGGAACAAGCCCUGGGAAAGGAGGCAAGAUGCACCUGGGCUUACCCGUCUUUAAUACUUUGAAGGAGGCCAAAGAACAGACAGGAGCGACAGCCUCUGUCAUCUACGUGCCUCCUCCUUUUGCUGCUGCGGCCAUCAGUGAAGCUCUCGAGGCAGAAAUGAGCCUGGUCGUGUGCAUCACCGAAGGGAUCCCGCAGCAGGACAUGGUGCGGGUCAAGCACAAGCUGCUGCGCCAGGGAGCGACAAGGCUGAUCGGGCCAAACUGCCCUGGCGUCAUCAAUCCAGGAGAAUGCAAAAUUGGCAUCAUGCCUGGCCAUAUUCAUAAGAAAGGAAGAGUUGGUAUCGUGUCCAGAUCUGGCACCCUGACGUAUGAAGCAGUUCACCAAACAACACAAGUUGGAUUGGGGCAAUCUUUGUGUGUUGGCAUUGGAGGAGAUCCUUUUAAUGGAACAGAUUUUAUUGACUGCCUAGAAGUCUUUCUGAAUGAUCCAGCCACAGAAGGCAUCAUAUUAAUAGGUGAAAUUGGUGGAAAUGCAGAGGAAAAUGCUGCAGAAUUUUUGAAGCAACGUAACUCAGGUCCAAAUGCCAAGCCCGUGGUGUCCUUCAUUGCUGGUUUAACGGCUCCUCCCGGCAGGAGAAUGGGUCACGCAGGAGCAAUUAUCGCCGGAGGAAAAGGGGGUGCUAAAGAGAAGAUCGCCGCCCUUCAGAGCGCAGGUGUUGUGGUCAGCAUGUCCCCCGCCCAGCUGGGAAGCACCAUCCACAAGGAGUUUGAAAAGAGGAAGAUGCUAUGAAAGAAAGAAAAAAACCCAAUGAAGUCCUUGAAACUGUGGAAUGAGUCAUUGUAGAAAUGUGAACCAGCAGCAGUUGGCUACUGUUGUCCACUAAUUGUCAGCCUCUCUAUUUGCCUGAUGCUGCUCUUUCAGUACAACGGGAAGCCAAAACAAAGUUUAGAAGGUCCUGUAUUGAGAUGUUUCUCCUGACUGUAUAACAGAGAGAGCCAAUAAAUCCACCAAUUGAUUUGAA